AUGGCGUAUUGCGCGCGCCCCAACGCAGCGCCUUGUCCGCCUCAUCGAGUACGCGACAUUAUGCGCGCGGGAAUAGUCUUCGAUUUACAUGACGGUGCAGGGAAUGCAGCAGCAACUGCAGUCGUCGGUGCUAAUGCAGCUGCACUUUGUGCCCUGGGGCUUGACGAUGGAGCCAGCGGUGGACGAGAUGGAGGAUUUGGUCGAGGAAGGCAUCGUAGCGAACAAUAG